AUGUUAGUCUCAACUGCUGCCACGACUGAUGGUGCAUAUCAUCGAUAUGAGUGUUGCGAUUUAUUUGAUGACGAUAUCCUCAGCAAAGCACCUCAGUCGAAACAACUGCGUGAAGAUAAUCGUGGUCGACCGUACAUUAGAGGUGUGAAAGAAGCCAUUGAGUUGUUGAAUAUGGAGUCAAGUCGUUCACACAGUGUUCUUUCAAUGCGUCUUGUACAGUUUGAAAAUGACAUUUCACCAACGUCACUCACAAAAGAUGAUUUGGCCAUCAACACAAUUAAUUUCGUUCAUCACCCUGGUAGUGAGCGAGUGAAAGAAGCAGGCAACAUCAAUUCAUCACUGAUGAUUCUUCGACACUGUUUUGAAACUCUUCGAGAAAAUCAAUCACAAUGA